AUGACUUUUCGGCUCUGCUAUCUGCUUGCUGCCUGGAUUUGUAUCCUUUUCAUUCCUGGCCUCUCCGAAGGAGGGAAACUGCUGGUGGUGCCCAUGGAUGGAAGCCACUGGCUGAGCAUGAAGCAGCUAGUUCUCAAGCUCAAGGAGAGAGGACAUGAAGUGGUGGUGCUUAUACCAGAAGUAAGCUGGCAGAUGGGAAAGGGACAGUCAUACACUGUGAAAACAUACCCAGUGGAUUACACAUUAGAAGACCUGGAUAAUUCCUUUGAAGAGUUUUUAAGUGUUCACCUGAGUGGCCAGCCUUUCCCACUGAAUGCUCUGGCACUCUACAACAUCUCAAAACACACUUUCCGAAUAUUCUUUGUUCAGUGCAAGAACCUUUUCAGCAGCACAGAAAUAAUGCAGUACUUGAAUCAAAGUGGCUUUGAUGCUCUCCUAACAGACCCUAUUGCUUUGUGUGGAGCAACAGUUGCUAAUUACCUUUCUAUUCCAUAUGUGUUCUUCAUGAGAGGAUUUCCUUGCAAUCUACACUAUGAAGCAUCAAAGUGCCCAAGCCCUCUGUCGUAUGUCCCAAGACUGUUUACAUUCAACUCAGACAACAUGACAUUUUUCCAGAGAGUGGAAAAUGCAUUGAUUGCACUCCUGGAGCUUGUGUACUGUAAUGCUUUCUAUACAGAUGGAUUAAAGUUUUCCUCUGAAAUUCUUCAAAGAGAGGUAUCCCUGGUAGACAUGCUGAAUGGUGCUUCUAUUUGGCUACUGAGAUACGACUUUGUGUUUGAGUAUGUCAGACCGGUGAUGCCCAAUAUGGUCUUCAUAGGAGGUGUAAACUGUGCUCAGAGUAAACCACUGUCUAAGAUCUAUAGAACAAAGGUCUCAGAAAUUGUGAAUGACAUGGGCAAGAUGUGUGAAGAAUGA